AUGGCUGGCCCAGGCGGUGGUCCUCCCCGACGCAGUCACACCAAGUCGCGCAAGGGCUGUGAUAACUGCAAACGUCGACACAUUCGAUGCGACGAGAACUUCCCGCAAUGCCGUAACUGCACCAAGCAUAAGGUCCGAUGCCCUUACAACGAUGUGCCCGUCCCUGAUGAGAGGGCCGCAACCCCCGACAAGCCCGAUCUGAUGUGGACUCCUGAGAUCGAGGCCGCCGUUGAGCAAUGGCAACGAACUGGGAUUUUCCCGUUCCCGAGCCUUAACAUCUAUCCGGCGCCGGUUCCCCAGUACUUUUCGGUUGAGGAUCUUAGGUUGAUCUUCCAUGUUGCUGCCAUCUGCAAUGAGAUGAGCGCCAUGGACGCCAAUGGGUUCACCCUUUGGACCCGCCAGAUCCCUACGAUUCUCAAGAUUGGUGCUACUCAUGGAUACGUCAUGCACGCUUUGCUCGCUUUCUCCGCGGAGCACAUUGCCUUCCUAACCAACUGCCCCCACGUGGGCAGCAUGGCUUACGAACACCGCGGGAUUGCGCUUAAGGGAUUGCAGGAAGCCAUCGGAUCGUUCUCGCGUGAAAAUUCAGAUGCCGUCCUGGCUGCCUCGCUUGUGCUCUCGUGGCAGGCCACAGAUUGGCGAAGCUGGACCCAGCUGAUGCAAGGGACCUCGUCGGUUAUCGACGCCAUGGAACCGUGGAAGCACGAGUCCCAAUUCGGAGAAUUCAUUGCUGAAAGCAGCACGUUCCCUACAGCGCCCCCCUCCCCAACUCCGGAUCACAAGCCUCACCAGCCGCGCAAGGAGGAUCUCGAUGCGUUCCAGCGCACCAUCAACCAGAUUACCAAGGUUGAGGCUCAUUUGAAGCAGAACAAGGAGGACCCCCAGCUGGCUACCCAGCUGGUGUGCUUCUUGAAGGGUGCCCGCAAGGUCAGCCCGAUCCAGUCGAUUGAGGACCAGUUUGACCGACUUCGUCCCCUCCGCACCUGGCUUUUCUGGCUUCCCGUGAUGUGCUUCAAGCAGAACGGCACAUCCCCUAGCGCUCUGGUGGUUGUCGCGCACUACUACACUGCUGCGAUCAUGAUGGAACGACUUUUCCCUGAGAUUGGUGCUGCUUACUUUGGUAGCCUUGCAAUUGGACCGGUGGAAGAGAUUGCCCGACGCCUGCUCUCGAUCAAUGUUUCUGGAAGCCUUGAUGGAGAUUCGCAGACGCCGCUCACGCUCAUGGAAUUCCCCAUUGACACUGUCAACGAAUUCCGAUCUCGCAUGGGUUGGGUGCACCCGACUCGUACGCCAUCCUUCCCACAGUUCGAUCCACCCAACUUCUACAUGAGCGAGACGGGACCGACCGGUACUCCACCUACGACGACUUCAUAUCUGCCAUACGGAGACAACCCGGCAUUCAGCUGGAGCACCGAAGAUCUUUCUGUGCUAGCACCGGAGCAGGAAUCUGGCAAUGCGGUCAGCCCCUUGGCUAUCUCGUCGCCAUAUCCGAGCCAGCAGUAUCUCAACAUUCCAUCGCCGUCGUACGGAGGCUACAGUCCGGUUUCUUCCACCUUCGGAGAGGGAUCUGUGGCGUAUAGCGAUCAUGAUGAUUUUGGCCCAUGGGACUCUGGGAUGAUGGCCUAUCCGCCUCUUGGCUCUGCUGGGCCUAACAACUUUGGUGUCGGGUUCGUCUCUCCAAUCCAGACCGUGUGGAUUUAA